AUGCCACCAGAGUUUGAACAAUUUCAUACAGAACCACAUCAAACAGUACAGAAUCAGGGGAAAAUGACACUUGGAAAUCUUGCUUUUGCCAUUCCAACCAAUCCACAUCCAGCUGAUACUGAAUCGAUACUACCACGAAAGCCACUAAAUAAAAUUCGAACGUGGAAGUUCUGGUCAAUAUUCAAUCUUAUUUUUCUGCCAUUCGGGUUACUCUGUUGUUAUCUUUCCUAUCAAGUUCACAAAUUCAAAAACAAAAAUCGGUAUGAAACAGCAAACAAAUGGUCGAAACGUGCAUUUGUAUCGAAUAUCAUCACUACAUUAUUAAUGAUCGGUGUGAUUAUAACCGUGGUUAUGCUUCGAUAUGAUUAUCACCAGCAAAACUCCGAAAUUGGAUCCAAUCAAACCCUAACAACAGGACCCAUCAUUCCAUGGCAACCAGGACGUUAG